AUGGAAAGAGCUAUGGAUGAGUGGGUACUCCACCGAAAUCAUAGUCUGGGUCUAAAUGACUGCGAAGAGAUGUGUAAAAACAAUCGUUCAUGUAAAGCCUACGCGUCAGCAGAAUCUGAUGGAACAGGGUGUAAAUUUUCGUAUGGUCAAGUACUGGGUGAGACCCACAAACAUGUUGCAGAGUCAGAGUCUAUUUUCAUUCGUAACAGCACUUUAAGUGAGAAAAACGGCGCCACCACCACCCAGAAACCAAGAGACAGUGGAACCGAUACAACAAGAAGCCCCCUCGCAGUACCAAAAACCAAGAAUUGUAUGCAACAAGAUAUUCUAACUCCAGGCAAUAUGAUGAACGAUUCAGAUUUCUUGGAGUCACCGAACAAGAUGUUCAAGUUAAAGUUCUUUAAUCUCGAUCAUUCGAGUAAGUGGUACUUGGGGGUUGAAUUCGUGGAGUUCAAAAAGAUAUUUUGGGUGGCCAACAGAGAAAAUCCUUUGAGCCAUCCCGUCCCUGACUACUUGUUUUUGAAAAUUAACAAAGAUGGAGACUUGGUAAUUUGUAAUCAAUAUGGCAUUUCCAACACUAUAAACUUUGAUAGCCCUGCAACGGGUUCGACUACACAUGCCAAACUUCUGGACUCAGGAAAUUUCGUUUUGAAAGCGGGGGAGAGGAUUGUGUGGCAGAGUUUUGAUUAUCCAACUGAUGUACUUUUACCAGGUAUGAAACUGGGAUUGUUCAACUUUAAUAAUGUUGGCAAGCCACAAAAGCAUUUACUCACUUCUUGGUUAAGCUUGGAAGUUCCGGCUUCUGGUGUAUUCACUCUUGGAAUUGAUCCAAGAGAUACACAUCAACUUUCAAUUUGGCAAAGAGGAAAACUAUAUUGGCAAAGUGGCGAAUGGAGUGGUCAUCAAUUUAGUUACUUCCCUGGUAUGGGUGAGGCUCUUCAAUUCAACUUCAACUAUACCUCAGAUGGGACUGUGAGCUACUAUACCUUUGAUGUUACCGGCGAUUAUAAAAUCUUGUGGAUUCAGCUGGACUCAUGUGGAAAAAUUACCAUGUUUCAGGGGUUGGAUGGAGGAUGGUCAUACUGGUGGCCAACAAUUUGUGAUGUAAGAGAAAACAACAAGGCUUGCAUAAGCCAGAAGCCAGAUAAAUGCAGUAGCAGAGAUGAAUUCCUGGAAACAAAAGGACAAUAUAUGGAAAAGUGGGAAUACCACAGAAAUCACAGUAUGGGUCUAAAUGAUUGCGCAGAGAUGUGUAAAAACAAUUGUUCAUGUAAAGCCUACGCGUCAGCAGAAUCUGAUGGAACGGGGUGUAAAUUCUCAUAUGGUCAAGUACUCGGCGAGAUCAUUAAACAUGUUGCAGAUGCAGAGCCUAUUUUCAUUCGUAACAGCACUUUAAGUGAGAAAAGCAGCACCAGCACCACGACAACAAGAGACAAUGACACGGAUACAACAAGAAGCCCCUCCGAAGUAAUAGAAACCAACAAUGGUAUAAAAGAUGGAUGCAAUGCACACAAGAAACAAAUGUUGGUGAGCAUUAUCGUUCCUCUGGUUUCCAUGGCAGUUUUUGCUCUACUUUGCUCAUUGUGCUGUUUCCUAUGGAAGAAGUCUUGUUUUGGAGUAAGCAAACGAGGAAGCCGCCAUGAGGAUGCAAGCGUGAGAACAGAAGUAUUGAUACACGAAUUGGGGAUUAGUAUGGCAGCUAUUAAACACACCGGCACAGAUAAGCUGAAGUUAAAUGGAAAGCUAGAUCAUGAAUUGCCUUUAUUCAGUUUUUCUAGCAUAGAAACUUCCACAGGAUACUUCUCAAAUGCAAACAAAUUGGGGCAGGGUGGUUUUGGGCCUGUCUAUAAGGGUACAUUGAGUGAUGGCCAAGAGAUUGCAGUGAAAAGACUUUCUAAGAGAUCUGGACAAGGAGUACAAGAAUUCGAAAACGAAAUGAUGCUAAUCUCGAAUCUGCAGCAUAAGAAUCUUGUUAGAGUAUUGGGAUGUUGCAUCAAAGGAGAAGAAAAGAUAAUAGUCUAUGAAUAUUUGCCAAACAAAAGCUUGGAUUCGUUUAUUUUCGACACAACAAAACGAGUUUUACUUGACUGGGAAAAACGAUUACGCAUCAUUGAAGGGAUUGCUCAAGGGCUUUUGUACCUCCAUAAAUAUUCUAGACUAAGAAUCAUUCACAGAGAUUUGAAGAACAGCAACAUAUUAUUAGACAGCAAUAUGAACCCAAUAAUCUCGGAUUUUGGGACAGCAAAAAUCUUCGGGGACAAUGAAUCUGGAGCAAACACAAAUCGUAUAGUUGGGACUUAUGGCUAUAUGUCUCCCGAGUAUGCCAUGACUGGUCUCUUCUCUGAAAAAUCUGAUGUUUUCAGCUUUGGAGUCAUGGUACUAGAAAUCCUAAGUGGUAAGAAAAACACUGGUUUCCAUCAGCCAAAUGAAUUUUUAAACCUGCUAGAAUUUGCAUGGAGUUUAUGGAAAGAAGGAAAAUUUUUAGAGUUAAUGGAUCCAGUAGUUUCAGAAACAUGUAAACAAGCGGGCGAAUUUAGUCGGUGUGUCCAAGUUGCUCUAUUGUGUGUGCAAGAAAAUGCAGCAGACAGACCAAUCAUGUCAGAAGUAGUGUCAAUGCUUGGAGGAGGUGAUAUGGUAACUCCCCCAGCUCCUAAACAACCAGCUUUUUUGAAGGUUGCAAAAAUAGAUGACAAUAAUUUGCUCAAGAUUCCAGGAACAUGCUCUGUUAAUCAUUUAUCAAUUUCAAUUGUACAAGCUAGAUAG